GCGCAUCUCAAAGAGUGACGGCCUCCACGCUCGUCGUCCAUCUCCCCCCUUGUCGGCCUUCCUCGUCGAGGACUUAUCGAAGCCACAGGAAGCGGGAGGGAGAGGAAUACAGAGGAAGCGGCGACGACGAUGUCGAAGAGCUUGGUGCAGCCUAUCGGGCAGAAGCGGCUAACGAACGUCGCGAUCGUCCGCCUCAAGAAGCACGGCGUCCGGUUCGAGAUCGCCUGCUACAAGAACAAGGUCCUCUCCUGGCGAUCCGGAGUGGAGAAGGAUUUGGAUGAAGUGCUGCAGUCGCAGACUAUUUAUUCGAAUGUCUCAAAAGGAAUCCUUGCGAAAUCGAAGGAUUUGAUUGCGGCGUUCGGCACCGAUGAUCAAUCAAAAAUAUGCUUGGAGAUUUUGGACAAAGGAGAGCUCCAAGUUGCUGGGAAGGAGAGAGAGUCUCAGUUAUCAAGUCAAUUCCGUGAUAUUGCAACCAUCGUGAUGCAGAAAACAAUCAAUUCAGAAACUCAACGUCCUUAUACAAUCAGCAUGAUUGAACGAUUAAUGCAUGAAAUACAUUUUGCGGUGGAUCCUAAUAAAAGUUCAAAGAAACAGGCACUAGAAGUUAUACGGGAGCUUCAAAAGCAUUUCCCUAUAAGGAGAUCUCCUAUGCGAUUACGACUUAUUGUACCAGAGAAAAAUAUCCCAACUCUCAUGGAAAAACUCAAUGUUUGGAAUGCUACUGUUACCUCGAAGGAUGAGUCUGGAAGUCACCCAUCUGUUGUCUGUGAGAUGGAACCAGGACUUUUUCGUGACUGUGAUGCUGUCAUGAGGAACUUGCAAGGGAGGCUGGAAAUACUUGCUGUUUCAGUGCAUGCGGAGGGGGAUGCUCACGUCGACGAGUACGAGCUUAUGGAAGAAUUUGCGCCAAGCUCCACCAAGGAGUCGGAUUCAGUUGCCCAACUUGGUGAGAAAUUGCACCGACAUGGCAUUUCUGCUGAAAAUAGCAGCAGCGAAGAUCAGGUUAAGCAGAACAGAUGUACCACCUGUGAUGCUGUUGUGGGAGAUGCUAAACAAUACAGGGAGCACUUCAAAUCAGAGUGGCACAAGCAUAACUUGAAGCGGAAGACGAGGCAGCUCCCUCCGUUGACUGCAGAAGAAUGUCUAGCUGAUUUGGAAGUUGGCGAUUCAAAAGCAGAUCUCAAGGAGUAUUCUUUCUGAGGUUGGUCAAAAUUUUCUUGGGCUGAUAACCUUGUCUCACGGACUGCCACUUGAAAGCUGAGAUCUGUUAGAUAUUUUUGGUUCGUCAUGCCUCUCUGAGCUGAAUUAUAGUGAAGAAAUAUUUUGUCAUUGAACGAGUGAUCGAAAACAAAAUGCUUUUGUUACCUUAAAGCUGAGAUUUGCCAAUGGAGUCUCGAUCUGUAAGAAAUACUUUUUAUACAGCUUAAAUUUGUGCUUCAGUUUUUA